AUGGCUGUCGACAACUCACUAGAGUCGCUCCUCGCGACUCUUACUACAUCCAUUCAGUCUGCUACAGAAGCUCUGCCAAAUGACGACAUCCUACCACCAAAGGAAGGCAUUUCCCUACUGGAUGUCAAGAACGAGCUACUUCUAUCCUACCUACAAAACCUCGUCUUCCUCAUACUCCUAAAGCUUCGCGCACGAAAAGGCGACCAGCAAGAAACGAACCUCCACCCCCAAGAUGAAGUCGUCCAGAAGCUAGUAGAACUGCGAAUCUACCUAGAAAAGGGUGUACGACCACUCGAAAGCCGCCUCAAGUACCAAAUCGACAAGAUCCUCCGCACAGCCGACGAUGCCACCCGCCGCACCACUCAAGCCUCCGCAAAACCCACAUCGAAACCGAAGAAGAGCAAAACGGACACAGGCUCCGACUCCGACGUCAGCGACGCUGAAUCGGCCGGCACAGCGCAAACCUCGGAAGACGAAGACGAAAUGGCCUACGGCCCCCGCCGCGCCCUCGUAACACGUCAAAAGACCGAAGCCGCCCAAGAGCGCGCGCGCGCCGAGACCGCAAAAGACGGCAUCUACCGUCCACCCAAGAUAACGCCCAUGGCAAUGCCCGUGCCCGAAAACCGCGAAGAGCGCCGCGAGCGCCGCCCCGGAAAAUCAGCCACCCUCGACGAGUUCAUCGCAACCGAGCUCUCGGGCGCGCCCAUCGCCGAGCCCAGCAUCGGAAGCACCAUCACACACGGCGGGCGGCACACAAAGUCCGAACGUGAACGGCGCGAGGAAAACGAGAGGCGCGAGUACGAAGAAGCGAACUUUACGCGGUUGGCGCCGGGGAGCAAGAAGGAUGCUGCGAAGCAGAAGGCGAGGCAGCAGCGGGAUGGCGGGUUUGGGGGUGAGGAGUGGCGCAGUUUGGGGGCGGGGAUUGAUCGGAUUGAGAAGUUGACGCAGAAGAAGAGUGGGAAGUUGGGGAGCUUGGAGAAGAGUCGGAAGAGGCCUGUGGGGGAUGGGCCGAGGGGGAGUGGGAGUAUGGCUGGGGACGCGUUUGAGAAGAGGAGGAAGGUUGUUGGGAGGUAUAAGUGA